GGACGGAUUCAUAUGCUUAAGGUGGCCGGCGUUCUUCUUCAUAACUUCGCCUUCGAUGCUUCUAUAAAGUGGCUUAGCGCGCGGCUGUUCCGUUUCAGUUGCGGCUGCGUUAUCGAGGGAUUCGGACGUUUGAGAAAGUUAGAAACCCUUUCUAAGAAUCAAACCGGCAAACGCACCGGCCAUUCGCCAUGGAGGCACUGCUCAACAGCCAGUGCGCGGCACAAAGCCUUGGGCCCGCUAAUCAGCUUUUUGCGAUGCUCAUCCAGACCAUUAUGGCGGCCCAGUGCAGUAUUUCAUCGCCCGAUAUGUGGCCCAAGGAUUAUGGACCGACGGCACUGGAGCAAGGUCUGGAGGAAUACGAUUUUGUUAUUGUUGGGGCUGGAUCGGCGGGAUCUGUGGUGGCCAAUCGGCUGUCCGAGAAUCCAGACUGGAAAAUCUUACUCCUCGAGGCUGGUGGGGAUCCUCCUAUAGAAUCUGAGUUGGUGCCCAUGUUCUUCCAUCUACAAAACUCAUCCGUCGACUGGGCGUACACCAUUGAGCGGUCUAAACUGGCAUGCAAGAGUAUGCCGAAUGGAUGUUUUUGGCCAAGGGGAAAACUACUUGGAGGUUCGGGUGGAAUCAACGUUAUGGUGUACAUCAGGGGAAACAGACGUGAUUAUGACCAGUGGGAGCAGCUCGGGAAUACAGGAUGGGGCUGGAAAAAUGUGGUGGAGUAUUUCAAAAAGUCGGAAAACAAUUUGGAUCCCUUGGUGGCCAACUCAAACGGAGGGAAGUUCCAUGGUAAAGGAGGAUAUCUCACUGUUGAUACGUUCAAUACGGACAGUCCUCUGGUUGCGCAAGUAAUUGAAGGAGCAAAGGAAGUCGGGUACGAUGAGGUGAUAGAUAUGAAUGCUGAACAACAUAUUGGAUUCAACCGCCUGCAAGGAACUAUAGUGAAUGGAACGCGCUGUAGUCCAGCGAAGGCCUUUCUGGCGUCUAUCAAAGACCGACCUAAUUUGCAUGUCAUGAAACACGCAACCGCUUCGAAGGUUAUUUUCGGCUCAGAUAAUACAGUAAGUGGGGUCAAGUUCCUGCUUAAUGAAAAGACAGAAUUAUAUGCGAAGGUACGGAAGGAGGUAGUACUUUCGGGUGGCGCCUUAAACACUCCGCAACUUAUGUUGUUAUCGGGUAUUGGACCGGAGAAAGAUUUGAGGAAACAUAACAUCCGAACCAUUUCGAAUUUGAGAGUUGGUAGAAACCUACAGGAUCACAAUGUGGUGCCCAUAUACUACAAAGUGUACGCGUCUACUGCAACACGAUUCGAUAUCAAAACGGAAUUCGUCGAUCACAUGUAUGACUUCUUGAUGAAGCGGACAGGUCCUCUGUCCAACCAUGGUCUGUCUGGGUUGACCGGUUUUGUGAACACCGUGAACGCGACGGAUAAGUUCCCGGACAUUCAGUAUCAUUAUUUCAUGGGAAGGAAGGGUUCCGGUCGAACUGAACAAAUCGUUUCGCUGAUUGGCUAUGAAGAGGCUGUCAUGAAGUCGUUGCUGACCGCCGAAGAGCAAGCGGAUUUGAUUGGGGUAUACGUCGUUCUCAUGAAUCCGAAGUCCUGGGGGAAGUUGAAGCUCCGAUCGACAGACCCCCUGGAUAAACCCUACAUAGACGCCGGAUAUCUCUACCACGGGGAUGACGUAAAAUCGAUGAUCGGUGGCAUUCGCAUUCAACAGAAAAUCAUGACUUCUUCGGCGAUGAAGAGUGCUGAACCCGAGUUGGUACGUGUCAACAUUCCAGGUUGUGCCAGCAUCGCUUAUGAUUCGGAUCAAUACUGGGAAUGUUACGUGCGCCACAUGGCUACGACUCUGUAUCAUCAAGCUGGAACGGCGAAAAUGGGCCCCGAUUCGGACCGUAAGGCUGUUGUAGAUCCGAGACUUAGCGUUCGAGGUGUCAAGGGUCUGCGGGUUGUGGACGCCAGCAUAAUGCCCGCUGUAAUCAGUGGAAACACCAAUGCCCCGGUCAUGAUGAUUGCCGAGAAGGCAUCUGAUAUGAUUAAGGAAGAUCAUGGAUAUUUUGCUGAGUCGGUGAGCGUGGGUAAAGAUGAGUUGUGAACACAUUUUAGUCUGUACAUACGAACUGUCUACUCCAUUUUGAUGAUAUGAAUAAAUAUUUGGGUUGAUGUUUUUGUUUUGA